UGGUUGUCUUGAACACGACAGGGAAAAGAUCGAGAGAGGUAGCCCUAGGUUAGUCACAUUUCAAUAUUUUCAUACUUCAUUACCUUUAAAAAAUCGUUUUUUUUAACCUCCUUUUAAGACGACCUAUAAUUUUAAAGUGACAUUUUCUUAAAAAAACUUUUUUUUUAACGGAUUAGUCAUCGCUUACCACGAACAAUGAUAGGUCAUUGAAUACCAAGUAUAAUUUAUUUCAGAAUUGAGAUAUCGUAAGCUUAGGAGGACUGUAUAUUUAUAUUCUAAAUGUCCAACUUACUCCAACAAAGCCCAUGUUUGUUCCUAUAAUGGCUGAAAACUUUGAGAAAAUGGAGAAAGUCAGUUACUUAAGUAUACUGUAUAUGGGUGUUGCUUCCGUCGAAGGAAGAUGUGUUACAGAAUCGAUCGUUUCCAAGUAUGAACAAUCAAGCGAAGUGACAAACACUAUGGAAAUUGAUGUAAUCAACUACCUUGUCAACAAAACUAAAACUAGAAAAACUAUCGCGAAACAUGCAAAGUUCAGAAAAAUUUCAACAGUUGCGAAAAUUCUAGCUUCUUGAGAUAUGGACGCUGUAAAGAUGAAUGCCGAGUGAAAUUUCCUUGUAGUUUGAAGUGGCAAGCGCGUUCAGUGUUUGUUUCAUCAAAUGGUUAUGAUCGACGAUUUCCUUGUACCUUCGCCGUGUCACAUGGCUUCCUCAGUGAUGACAGUUUCGGUAAAUCUGUGUCGCUUCUGCGCCAGAUAGUAUGGAAAUUUCUCAGGAAGCUAUAGAGGCGAGUCUAGUAGCUGUUCUUUCGGUUCUUCUCCACAUCAGUAUAUCUGGUCUCCAGUGAAUUCGAAGCCAUUUUAUUUUGCUAUACUAUCGCCUGCUUAAGUUUCUAGAUCAAGAAAUAGUAAUUAUUUGAUCUCAAAGUCUGCGUUUGCACGUGUACAGCCGCCUAGAAUGCUCGCCUUAUGCCUCCCAGGCAAAAAUUACGUUUACGCAGCCCCACCCAUGCAAUUUUUUUUUUAAGAAUCUUUGUGCCAUCAACGAAUGUUGUAGAACUUAGCAAAGUCACGUUCAAGCAUCUAUUGGAAGUAACCAUGAAUUGUUAUUUAAUUUUUCAUCAUACAAUGGAUGCCAUACUACUAAUUCGAUCUGCCCUAAAACUGGAGAAGCACAAAGGUGAGAUUGAAAGAAAAAUACAUUUGCAACUUUCUAUUUUCUCUUCUUUGACCGUUACACUUCUUUGACACGUUCCACACAAGAACGGAUAAACUACUUGAUAAACAUGAACAGAAGCAGAGAAGCGUAAACUAACAUGCGUAAACAAGAUGCUUUAUUCAGUGCCUCCCUGCUGAUACUCAUGACGACUUCAACACGAACAAAAUAUGUAAUUCUGCGAACCCAUUUGAGUGGGGUUUGUGCAUAUGUAUGAGCACUGUUACCUAGUAACGCGUGACGUAUUUUACGUCAAGUUCCACUGGGAGUCUUAGAUGGAAGUGUGUAGUAAAACCUGUUUGGAUGCGGUCUGAGAAACUAGGAUAGAUCGAGAAAUUCGAAGUGAACUACGUCUGGUGUUUUGACUGUAAUCUGGAAAGCUUUGUUUGCUAAGUGGAUAAAGAUAAAGCAGAUGUACUUUAGAAAAUAGUUUUGAUCUUUGAAAGUCAUAAAGAUUUCGUCCAUGAAAGAUUAUGCAAAUUUACGCCUAAAAUUGAAGCGAACCGUAAUUUGAGCUUUUUGUUUACAUAAGUUUGGGUUAUAUUUAAAAGUAAAAGUCGGUCUUCUUAAAGCGAAGACAUUGUUCGCUGAAGGGAAAGGUUUCUUCGCUUUCUUUUCCGAUUAGGCAAUCGAUCCCUAAUCUCUCGUGGAUCACAGACGCGGCGAUUCUACUCCGCAUUCCAGCCGUCAAAGGAAGCGAUCACGUAAUCAUCGUCUACUUCUUCAACAGUGCACGCACACCAAACCCUUUCUUCAUCGACUGCUUCUGCUUUGAAGCCCACAGUUUGUGGAAGCGCCAUCACGUUUUUAUUCAACUGUGCGUUUAGCUCAUGCGAUCAAAACAGGUUUGAUAAAGCCGGUCAACUUGUCUUGAUGAAUCUGCAAUCGGUCGCUAGGAUACUUAGUGGUGUCCAGUGUCCCUAGGUAAUAUCUAGUAGAGUAGUAAACGCUUAGUUUCGAUUCCAAAAAUUCCAAAAAAAUUGAUUCCUAAAAUUGUCAAGAUAUACCUUACUAAGAUAUAUGGAAAACAAAACGAAUUCUUGGAAACAUUAAUAGUUAACAGAUGAAGUCAUUUUCCCGUGUCUCACUUGAAGAAUAGUCUCUUUCGCGGCUAUUGUUUAGCCGUGUCAUGCAGGUGAGAGGUCAAAAAAAAACUUAUGCUCGCGUCCAAGAGACGAUGAAGUGGAGCAAUUAACGUGUGUUAAUGCGUCAAGGUCAACACGCUCUUCUACAACCAAUAGGCAGUCUGGAGCCAGUGGUCUCAAUGGCUAGAUACGCUUUCCUUUAACGAAAGAGAUUCCUUCUGACAACUGAAUAUUACAGCAAAAUAAGAUGCUUCCCAUUCUCUAUCGAUGUGUGUGGAACUGAGCGGUUAAGAGCCACGUUUAUCACACAAAAAAUUUUAAAGAUAUUUUCUCCUCGCUGUUGGAUAGACUUCCUUUAGAGAAAAAAACUUAUGCUCUCGUCCAAAAGACGAUAAAGUGGAGCAAUUAACGUGUGUUAUCGCUUCAAGGUGAACACACUCUUCUACAAACAGUAGGCAGCCUGGAGCCAAUGGUCUCAAUGGCUAGAUGGCUUUUACGGCUAAAGGUCAAAAUUUUGGCAAUUUGGCCUCGCAAUUUGGCCUCGCUGUUGGAUAGAUUUAGAGCCUCGCUCUGUUGGAUAGAGCAAUUAACGUGUGUUAUCGCUUCAAGGUGAAAAACUUUAUGCCUGGAGCCAAUGGUCCAAGAGACGAUAAAGGUUGGAGCAAUUAACGCUGUUGAUAGACUUUAGGAAAAAAAUAUGCUCGUCCAAGAGACGAACAAUUAACGUGUGUCAUUCUUCUACAAACAGUAGGCAGCCUGGAGCCAAUGGUCUCAAUGGCUAGAUGGCUUUUACGGCUAAAGGUUAAAAUUUCGACAAUUUUGCGGUUAACAGUAAAUAUAUUUGUUCGUUCUAAUCAUUAGAAUUUUUUUAUGGUUAACUUCUUUUACGACUAUCAGUUAAAAUUCGUCGUUUUUAAAUCUAACGGCUAAAUUUUCAGGCCGUCUUAAGGCUAUAUAUCGGUUAACCUCAAGGAGACUCGCAUGAUCGGCACUCAUUUACGACAUCGUCAAAUCACGAACAAUAUCUAGAAUUCCCGAGAUGUUUCAUUUUCUUUUGUCUGUUUUGUUCGUUCAUUUCUAUUUGUUUUGUGUCCUGUUGGAAUCUCUCUUUGCUGGCCCUCUAUACCAAACAAAAUUUUGUUACAAAAAGUAUCAGUCGCCGCUGUUGUUAAAUGACUCCAUUUCCAGCGGCUAGCUAUGAAAAAAGGAAAAAUACAUUGUUCGUUUGAAAACUCUCUUCUUGAAAAGUUUUGAUUGAAUAUACUUAUUAUUCAAACUGAAAAACGUGUAACACUGCAUGAAAAUCGAUGGUCAGACAUGGCUGGUCACAGGGGCAUGUCCCUCCCUCCUGUCAAAUCACGAACAAUAUCUAGAAUUCCCGAGAUGUUUCAUUUUCUUUUGUCUGUUUUGUUCGUUCAUUUCUAUUUGUUUUGUGUCCUGUUGGAAUCUCUCUUUGCUGGCCCUCUAUACCAAACAAAAUUUUGUUACAAAAAGUAUCACUCGCCGCUGUUGUUAAAUGACUCCAUUUCCAGCGGCUAGCUAUGAAAAAAGGAAAAAUACAUUGUUCGUUUGAAAACUCUCUUCUUGAAAAGUUUUGAUUGAAUAUACUUAUUAUUCAAACUGAAAAACGUGUAACACUGCAUGAAAAUCGGUGGUCAGACAUGGCUGGUCACAGGGGCAUGUCCCUCCCUCCUGUCAAAUCACGAACAAUAUCUAGAAUUUCCGAGAAGUUUCAUUUUCUUUUGUCUGUUUUGUUCGUUCAUUUCUAUUUGUUUUGUGUCCUGUUGGAAUCUCUCUUUGCUGGCCCUCUAUACCAAACAAAAUUUUGUUACAAAAAGCAUCACUCGCCGCUGUUGUUAAAUGACUCCAUUUCCAGCGGCUAGCUAUGAAAAAAGGAAAAAAUACAUUGUUCGUUUGAAAACUCUCUUCUUGAAAAGUUUUGAUUGAAUAUACUUAUUAUUCAAACUGAAAAACGUGUAACACUGCAUGAAAAUCGAUGGUCAGACAUGGCUGGUCACAGGGGCAUGUCCCUCCCUCCUGUCAAAUCACGAACAAUAUCUAGAAUUCCCGAGAUGUUUCAUUUUCUUUUGUCUGUUUUGUUCGUUCAUUUUUAUUUGUUUUGUGUCCUGUUGGAAUCUCUCUUUGCUGGCCCUCUAUACCAAACAAAAUUUUGUUACAAAAAGCAUCACUCGCCGCUGUUGUUAAAUGACUCCAUUUCCAGCGGCUAGCUAUGAAAAAAGGAAAAAAUACAUUGUUCGUUUGAAAACUCUCUUCUUGAAAAGUUUUGAUUGAAUAUACUUAUUAUUCAAACUGAAAAACGUGUAACACUGCAUGAAAAUCGAUGGUCAGACAUGGCUGGUCAUAGGGGCAUACCUCUUUAUUCAAAUGUUGUUUCCUAUACAAUCUUACUGAGACGCAAAUUAUAUGACUAGAAAGUUUUAUGUUUAAAUAUGCACACAUAUCCCGUUGUACAUCAAUCUUAAUCAUGAGUUAAGUGACGUGACUGCACGUCUAAUCGAUAAAUUGACCUUGCUGGACUGGCAAAGAAAGAAAGACUUAAACGAUCAGUCAAAUGAAAUUAAAACAUUGAAACUGCAAUAAGCGUGUAAGUCUCCUGGCCUUUAAUAACAACACCACAAACCAAGUUCGAAUGAAGAUUUAUUGUAGCCGACGUGCUUGGUACUAAGAGUGUGCAUACAAACAGCGUGGGUUGAAACUAAAACGGUAAAAAAGCAAAAAAGUUACAAGUUGCGACUAAGGUAAAUUAGAGUAAGGAAAUAACAAAACUGCAAAACGAGGACUGUGAAGUACACUUACAUUGUUUCGGCCAGAGAAAACUGCUGUAAAGCGGACUGCGAAUAACGCGAAGAGACUUGCAAGAAACUAAAAAGAACUGCGCUAAGCGCGGACCAAAAUGAACUGCCCAAAACUGUACUGCAAAACUACGAUAUGAAAAAUACGCUAGAACAUGCGGAAAAUAAAACUAUAGAAACUUAGAAAGGCGCUAAUGAAGAUGAAACAGCACAGAAACGCUAACGAGGGCGCGAAAACUGACAGAAAGGAAUAAACACUUAAAUUAACGCCAAAAAAAAGACUAAACUAAUUUGCGUACGCAAAGGAAAAACAAAUUACGCAAGAACGAAUAAUAGAAAAAAUGUUACACUUGGAUCUUACAAACAUUGAUUGAAAAUUUAGUAUUUAUGUUCUCGGAAAGUGCAACGGAGCCGUGGGUGUGCAGGGCAGAACGUUUUUUUCACUGACCGACUACAAGGUCUUGUACAUGUCAACCAGACGGGUUGCCGUGAGCCGGUCUAGAAAAAGGCGUCCGGCUCCGCACACUCACCGCUAAGUUGCAUUUUUGGUAAACGUAAAUCUCAGCCAAACAUUUUCCCUUCAGGCCCUCCCGUUCAGUCAAUAAGUACAUUUAAUGUUACAUUUACACAGAUUUGUGAACAACUUAAUACCAGUUACCUCAGACUGCUGAGUUACCGCCAUGUCUUUCGAAGGUGGUAAGUAGUACAUGUUUUCAUAUUUUAUGUUUUCGACGUAUAGGCUUGAGCUUUAUAUAUAUAUACAUAUAUUUGACGGUGCAAGUGUAUGCGAAUAAUGAAGUUUCUCACUGAAUUAACAGGAUUCAUCAAUCUCGCUGAUAUCUCGGAUACGUCUACAGGCAUUGGAAAGUAAGUAUAAUUUUUCCUUAAUUGUGAUCAAAAGCGAUUUUGACUGAAUGCAUCAUAUAUAUUCCCUUUUUGGGCUGUAGGCUAUUUCGUUUUGUAUUUCGUGCUAUGAAGAGCUUUGAACCAUUCCUCCUCUGUGUAAACAGUGCGAGCUUGGCUUGCAAGUCACGUUAGUAUAACAGUCGUUGCAAAUUUGUACUUUAAAGAAUAAACGAUUCGAAAACGAAAUAUAUUUACCAAGUUAUAAAAGAAAAGUGUCGUUGUUUUAGGGAAAUAGUUAAAACGUUUUUUUGUCGAAAGAAUAGUCCUUCAGUCCUAUUGUCAUCAGAAGGGUCUCAACUGGUUUAACUGUUAGCCUUAACACGGCAAAAAAAUAUAGUCUUUAGGCGUAAAAAUUGACAAAUUUUAACUGUUAGUCGUGAAAAAAAAGUUUAUUUUAAACAUUUUUGUUUUAACCGUAACGGAAAGAAAUUAACCGUUAGCCGCAAAAUGGCCAAAAGCAGACCUUCUCAUAGCAGAAUCGUCCAUGUACCAGUCCAUCAUAAUAUUCAAUAUAUAUGUUAAUUGAUUAAAUAAUAAAAAAAACCUCAUUGCAGCCAACAGUCAUCGGAGGCAACGUCUUGUUCAAGUUUAGAGUUUCCGCAAUUUGAAGAACUGAUGGAUAAAGUCAGGAAAUUUGUUCGGGAAAAGGGAGUUAUGGUGAGUUUCUGAAACUUUUUGUGCUAAUUAUCAUUGCCAUUCAUAAAUUUAUUACUGUCUUGAGUAAAAGUUGAGAAGUUCGCGGACGCUUUUCCUACAUUUUAACACCGUGAUUUGCAAACAGAAUAAGAGAAAUGGUAAGUUUUGAGCUCGGCAUAGAAAUAGAGAAAGAUGUUUUUUGUCAUGUCACGAGCGUGGGACAAAGAAAAAAAGACUGGGGAGAGCGUGGGACAAAGAGAAAAAUUUCUGAGUUGACAAGACGAAAAACAUCUUUCUCUAUUUUGGCACAUUUUCGUCCAACGGAAUUUUUGAAACGCUGAGAGGAUAAAAUUAGUAAGACAAUUCCAGACUGCACUGUAUUGUAGAGACUCCAUCAUGCUUUAUUUUCAGCGUUAGAUGCUUUAAAAUUGAAUUGAAUAUUGUGGUACUUUUUAUCGAGAUUGAAAGAAAUAAUUGUCUUUGAACAAAACGUUCGAAGUGAUUUUAACAUUUUCAAAUAGAAACAUUGAAAUUCGAAUGGUUUAUUGCCUGAUCAAGGCAUGAACAAGUUCAACGACACAAACAGAGCCAAAUGAAAAUUAAAAAUACUUUAUUUGUCGAUCGUCUUCCUUGUGUCUUUUGCAAUACCUAGAAAGGCGCGUUUACCAGCCAUUGUGUUUCGAUUUCAGAAUAACGCAUUAUUAACGCGGAAAGGAGUGGUUAUUGUCUAGUAGCACGAAAAAGAAAAGUAAUUGACUUGGUUCAAACAUCCAGUUGACUGAGGGUGUAUGCCCUAACAACUUGUUAUAGUGGUACUGAUCAAUUGACGUGUUGAGAUUGCUUCUGUUGUCGUGUUUAACAAACAUUUGAUGUAUAAAUGACUGUAAAUAAAUGAAAAUUGUACAUGUGAACUGCGGAUAAAGAAGUGAUUAUGAAGCAAUCUUCGCAGUAAUGAACAUUACCUGAGCAGCAGUGAAAAUAGCGCCUGGAAAAAAAAAACUCACCUUUACGGGAUUUGAGCCCAUGACCUCAGCGAUAUCAGUGCAGUGCUCCGGUAAAUGUGCGCGCAUGCUCAACAUGUUCGUUACGGGACGUGAAUCAUCCACUGAUAUUCAGUUUUCAUUUAAAGGUAGAAGACCAUUUCCAUGAAUAUGAUCCGCUGAGGACGGGAAAUGUCAGCCCCAGUGAUUUCAAAAAAGUUUUCACGGAUGCAUUUCAGGAUCUUCUAACUGAUGAACAAGUGGAAGAAAUUCUGAGUUUUUACCGCGAUCAUGACAAUCCUGAAGUCUGCAAUUGGUCAAAGUUCCUCCAUGAUGCUGAAAUUGGUAAUUUAUUUUGUUAGACCUGACUUGGCAAAUGAUAUGCACAUGGUAGUAACCGAGAGAGUCAAAUCUGCAUUCAAACUUUGCUGAAGCAUUUCCGUUCCGUGCAGACCCUGAGAGACGCUCUUUAGCUCUCCCUGUUGAGUCAAUGUGUAUCCCUGAAAAUCCGACCACAUACGAUAACUGAACUUUAACCCUUUGAAUACCGUGAGUGACCGAGACAGAAUUUCUCCUUACUAUAUCUAUAAAAUAUCAUGCAGACAAGUAAUGAGAAUAUAGAAAAAUAUCAUUUAUGGGAUUACUGAUUGAUCCGAUACCAAAUUCUCCAAACUAACAUAAUGAGAAUCAUUUGGCAGACAGUAAGGAGAAUUACUUAUGAGAUCUUGGGAGUUAAAGGGUUAAAGGGAAGAUUCCGUUAUAUCGUAGUACAGCGCAGCAAUAGCUUCAUUAAUAGGUCCUUCUCCCUCAUUUAUCGGAAGCUAAGACUUCUGCUUUACCUCAAAAUAUUCCUACAGAUCCACAUAAGGAAGCAUCACUGAAGGACAGCUCUCCUUCUCAAUUACCGAACAGGUGAGAGUUUUCUGGAUUUUCUCUGACUUAACUUUUGUUACCAUCGGGAGAUCAUUUCCGAAGCUCAGAAAAUUUAAAAAUUUCGUCAAAUUUUGUCUCUGCCCUCACGUCACAAUUUGUCUUCUGAGAGUUUGAUUAAGUGCCUAUUUCAAAUCAGAUCGAUCAACAGAGUUACUUCCCUCUCAAAAUGCAGUUGCAGGGCUCAGUUUCCCCCUAGAUACUAAUUGGGCACCUGCUGCCACGGGUUCGAAUCUUGUCGGUGUAUGAAUAUUUUCAGGCCACUUCUUUCUUGGGAUUUUCUCCAAAUUUAGUUCACUUGUAAGUGAGAGGAGAUCAUUUCAUUAUUCAUUGCCAACGGUAAAGAUUAAAAGAAAAAGAAACACAUAGGAAAAUAUUUAUUUAUAUAUUAUAUGUCUGAAGCAGUGGGAUGGAUGACACACAAUUACAAGGAAGAAAAGUUUUUCAGCCUCUUAGCACCCCAGGCAAAGGCAAAGAGGAUUUAAAGGUGAGACACUUGUACUAAAAGCUUCAAACAAGCAUCGGUGAUUUUAAAGUCAAGAAUGGAAAAAAAAAGAAAGAAUUUAACCUCUCUAAGGGAUUCACCAAAGUUUGUGAUAAAAUCAUGUCUUAAAUAUCCAGAGACAUUAUCGUUAAACUUAGCUCAGAAUAGACUUCAACCUUGCACUUUUUUUGAGGAAAAACUUUUUGUGUAGCGCAGGUCUGGGGCUAAAAAAGAUUCAAGCGUUAUUCAUGAAUCAAGAUAAAAUAAUAUUUUAUUCUACAACGUCUUCUCAGAUAUUUUCUGAGUGGGAUAAAGAGUGACCCGUUUCGCUAGCACAUGUCAUUGAGGUAACGUUCAGACCACACGCAGUUUUAUCAUGUUAAUUAUAGUUUUUUUUCAUUUUCCAUUUUAAAAGGAGGUGGAAUACGGCCAUGAAGAAACAGAGCAACCUUCAAAAAGGGGCGAAAGUUCAAAACAAUCACCUGGAUUUUUCAUUGAAGUUCCCGACGGUCAAGUGGAUCAAGUGGUGACCUUCAACAAGACCACCUCUCUCGUCCGCCAACGUUGGAAGCGAUUUUCCAUUUCAUACGAAGCUAUAGUCUGGGCCGUGUUUCUGCUGGUGACAACGUUGUGUAUCGUGGAUCACUUUGUAUUCAAUGGUGAUGUGGUGCUCGGAAGAAGUGGUAAACUCCCAAAACGCAUCUGGGGAACCAACAUAGGAGAAACUUUAACCAAUGUGGUGUGGGCUGUCACUGCUCGACUGAUUAUAACCUCUCAGAACUUGAUGUUCUAUACGAUGAUGUGGUGUUUGCCAAAUUUCAUCAGUGAGGUCACUCCAAACUGGAUCACUGUGGAUGGAAUCCGCGAGGUUCAUUCAAGAAUGCAUACUUUUGCUGGGAUAUUCCUGAUUGCCGUUCCGUCCCUUGCCCAUGUUCUCAUAAUAUUUGUACCACCCCUAAUUGACGGAACCGAGCUGAAAUAUUAUCCACCGAGCACCUUUAAUUAUAGCACGUCUCCGGAUCACUUAAACUGGACGAAGCCCUGGGACCCAGCAGCUGUGGAAGGCUGGACUUUUAACGACCACAAAGGAGUUCAUCUAACUUCAGACGAGAUCUACCGUUUUGUGCUAAUGAUCGUUCUUUUCUGCUUCUUCUUUCCCCUCAGCAGAUCCAACUACGCCAAUCAAAGAAGCUACUCUUUGGCAAUGGCCCUGCAUAUCUUUGCCGGUAUCUGGUACGCUAUCGACAACAUUCGGAAGAUCACUCACGGACUGGCCCAUGUUACCAACCUUCCAAUACUCAUUAUCUGGUGCGUUGACAGGUUGGUCUCCAUUUACUUUUAUCGACGCCACGACGGUCAAAUUUUUCAAAAAGAAGUCAUUGGUAAAGAUUACGUUAUUCUGUAUGUCAAACUCGACAAAGACGUGAAACAUACUGUCGGCGACGUUUACUAUCUUCUGCACCAACCGAAAGGAAGCACUGGAAUAGUGCCACAACGGUCUCAUCCCUUCACCACCUUUGCUAACAUGACAAAAAAUUCAACCUGGGACAUUGGUUUCGUGAUAUCGAUUAUGGAGGACGAUGACCAGCUCUGCCUCCCUUGGACUCAUUGGCUCGCCUAUAGUACUGGAGACGUCACUUUCCGUACGUGGGGACCUUAUCGCUCAUCUGUCUCAAAGUUGUACCACCAGCUGGUGUCAAACGUGCCCUCGCCUUCUCACUACGUUCUGUUCGCAACCGGGUCUGGCUGUGGCUACGUAUUAGAUGUUCUGAGCUGUCUAGCCCACAAAACAGAAGCGCGUCUCAGAGGAAACGAAAUAAGAGAAGAGAAGAGGAUCGAUAUCUUCUACUCAGUCCGCUGUAAAGCGUUGUACCAUUUCCUUCGGAAACCUAUAGACGAACUCCUGGAAAAGAUCAGAGAGAAGAAUGUUGCUUCCAUAAACUUCCGCUUUUAUGUCACCAGUCCAGAGGAAGAAACGAGCGGAGAAAAUGCAGCCGAAAGCCAGUUUCAGCUCAUUAAAGGAAGGAUAGAUUUUGAAAAAGCCCUCAAGUCUACAACUAAGAAAUCUUGCUGCUACUUUGUGGGUAGGCCAGAAAUCGCCGAAACUGUGGAGAAAAUUUGCAAGAAGAAAGGUGUAACGCUGGUGAAGGAUUUCACGAACGGCAGAGGGCAUAAAAAAGAUCGACAUUUAUUGUUAAAGUACCUCAAGAUUAGUUUCUGGGCCAUUUUC